AUGGUUACUGGAAAAGGAUUGGUUGUCUUUCGAACAUCGGAUCUCGAGUACAAGCCAAGGAGAAAGACUUUAUCUCAGGCAUACCAUCGACAGAGUCCUAUUGCUCUUUUGCCGUCAAAUGGAAAGUUAGCUCAGAGGGCAGGCGCUGGUACUAGGUCGAAUGAAUGUUCUACUGGUAAUACGACUCUACUUCAACUGCACUUCCUGAAGCUGAUGGAAGUACGCUCAGAUGAAGAAGUCCCGGUACCGCCUGAACCAACUACUUUCGACAUUCUCAAGGCUCUGUUUUCCCCUAAAGGUAGAGGGGUACCUAUAGAGACUUUAGGGUGA